CACCCCGCCAAAGGAAGGGGGGCAGAGAGAGAGCACGAAGUGUCUGAGUGAGUGGAAAAAGUCUGAGGGAAGGAGAAAGAACAGGAGUCGGUACUUUUGUUCGCUUCUGAAGCGCCGCUGUUGGACUGUCGCUGAGGAUGAGGAGGGUGAUGAUGAUGGUGAGGAGGAGGAAUCGACCAUGCGACAUGGCUGCAACAAACGGGAUGAACAUUUAGACUCGUCACAUUCCGUUGCUCCAGCUCUGAGCAGCACGGCUCCUCCAAACUUUGACCUGCGCCAUUCAGACCCUGGCGGCUGGAUUUCCCCCCCUCCUGAGACUCGGGGCAACUUUUCCGCACCAGACCCCCCGCAAGUGAACGACAAAUACUCCGGCGCAAAAGUUUCUGGGCAGGCGUAGAUGUGUCGCGUUAUACCGCUAAACUCCAUGCGAAGUUUGCGGCUGGUUUUCAAGUUGAAAGCGGAGCCUGUAAUCGGCGCAGGCUCCUUCUAACAAGCCGCCUGUGAGAACAACACCGGAGGAAGGAGUGGGGGUGUCGCUGCUAACUUCGCUAGCUAACUUUGCUAAGGGCUAGCCAACAAACACUCAAAAGUUGACGGGGAAAGUGAGCGAAGCGGCUGCGGCUCACCGAAGACGACCACAAAGAUGAAAACCCCGGCGGACACGGGGUUUGCCUUCCCAGAGUGGGCCUACAAGCCAGAGUCGAGCCCGGGCUCCAGGCAGAUCCAGCUGUGGCACUUCAUUCUGGAGCUGCUCCGGAAAGAGGAGUACCAUGAUGUCAUCGCCUGGCAGGGAGACUACGGAGAGUUUGUCAUCAAGGACCCAGACGAGGUGGCCCGCCUGUGGGGGGCAAGGAAGUGUAAACCGCAGAUGAACUACGACAAGCUCAGCAGAGCACUCAGAUACUACUACAACAAGAGGAUCCUACACAAGACCAAAGGGAAGAGAUUCACCUACAAGUUCAACUUCAACAAGCUAGUGCUGGUCAAUUACCCCUUCAUCGACAUGGGCUCUGGCCGAGGAGUUCCCCAGAGCGCUCCGCCCGUGCCGUCCGGAGGCACCCACUUCCGUUUUCCCCCCUCCACACCAUCCGAAGUCCUCUCAUCCACAGAGGAGCUGCGCAGCCCGGGAAUGUUCAGCAGCGUGGGCCGCCGCAUGGCCCGGGGCUCCGUGAGCGACUGCAGCGACGGCACCUCCACCAACUCUGAGCUGGAGGAGGCUGUGGGUGCAGAGGACAGGGUUGGGGGUCCUGAGAGAGCUUUCAGGAGUCUCCUUCCCCCCCGCAUGCCUCACGAGUCUCUGUUCAGGGUCUACGGUGGAGCCCCAAAUCCUGGGCUCCCCAGACCUGCUCCCAGAGUCCACCCAGAGCCUCUGUCCCCAUUCCCCAUCUCACCCCUACCCGGCUCUGGAGGUCUGCUGGCCCCAACUCUCUCCCCAGCCCUGUCUAUGACCCCCACCCCUCACCUCCCUUACACCCCGUCCCCCUCCAUGUCGUCCCCCAUGCUGGGCUCCCACUUCUCCUUCAACCCGGAGGACAUGAAGCACUACCUACAGGCUCACACUCAGUCCGUCUACAACUACCACCUCAGCCCCCGAGCAUUCCUCCACUAUCCCAAUAUUGUCAUCCCGCAGCCCCACCGCCCCACCCCCGAGAAACCGGCUGCUGCACAUCACCUCCACGGCCCACCCAUGCCGCUCUCUCAUUCCCUCAGUCAGCAGCCCGGAGGCGGAGAGGAAGGACACCAGCAUCCAUCACCAUUCAAGUUCAAGCUGCAGCCACCUCCGCUCGGACGCAAGCAGAGGGAAGCGGGAAGCUCACUGGCCGCUUCUUCCUCCUCCUCUUCCAGCCAGUCCUCCUCGUUUACAGGGUCCGGUCAGAUGACCAAUUCUCUGCUGAGCAGAGGGCCGCCUAAUAUCAAGGUGGAGCCCAUUUCAGACAUCGAGUCAGAAGAAGAUGUGGAGGUGACCGACAUCAGCGAGGAAGAUGAAAUGAAUCAUAACGAUAAGGACGAUGAAGGCGAUAUCUUCACACCGACAGCUGGCCACAACAAUCACCAUCAGCUAAACAACCAUCACCAGGCUAACGGAAACAGCAGCAGCCCCUCUGCUCCUCUUCCUCAGAACAAUAACCCCGACGAUGACCCUGACGAUGAGGUCUUCAAGACCCCCGCCACGCCUCCUAUCGGUGGGGGUGGUGGCCUGGCCUUCCCUCUGAUCAGUCUGAAGAGCGAGCCGGGGAGCCAAGCAUCUCCCAUCAGCCCCGGAGGCACGCGCUGCAUCCCGCUGAAACUUCGCUUCAAGCGCCGCUGGAGCAAAGACCAGAAGAUGGAGGCGGACGGAGAGAGGGACGAGGCAGAGGACAAGAAAGUGCGGGCUGAAGGCGAGGAGGAGGCGGAGAGAAGAGGAAGCGAGGUGGAGAACGGAGGAGGACGAGGAGAGGGGGUUAUUUUGGGGCUAAUGCUGCCGCCGCCUCCCACCCAGCGCAGAGCGAGCUCGGAGCUGCAGAGGGCCACAGCGCAGCUGUCUCUGGAAAACUCCGGCUGCUGAGCUUCAUGCGUGUACAGGAUCUGACUUGGAGACAAGACCUCGGAUAGUCUCGUCGGUCCUCGCCAGCAGUAGUAAACGUAGCAGGUUUUGAUUUGACGCAAAAGUUCGUUUGAUGCUAAAAUGGAGACAAACGCUGAAAGGUUCAAUGCGCUUUGAUUUAGUUCUUCAGCUUCUAUGUGAACAUGCGUGUGUAUCAUAUGCAGGAAUGUGUGUUUUUGUGCAAUAAUUCAAGGAGUCAUUGGUCUCUUUUUCCCGUAAACUUCUUAAAUUGCAGAACAAAAUAUUUUCCUUCAUAUGAAACACCAACAUGUUCAAAUAGAGAGGAAAAAUUUGGCGGCUUUGUUUCCGUUUUCGCAUCGUCACGUCUUUUGGCGGUCAGUACUGUCAGCAGGUAGCUGCUCGGCAUUAUGAUGUAUGUAAAAGCUUGUGUUGCCUCUAAAGUACAGUAAGGCGAGACGCCUCGCAUCUCACCAGAUGCGGUGGACGCCGUCUCUCCUGUGACUCGAACACUAAGAGAUAACCAAACUUAGAUUGUCCAUGGAUUUUUGCCCACUUCUAUUUCUUUUAACAUUAGAGCUCUGCAGAGAGGGCGUCUGCUCUUUAAUAUCCAUUUGCACACUGCCUCAUCCAUCCCUCCACGCCCUCACAGUGCCAGUAAGGUCUGCCAUGGUUCCCCCCACAUCGCAUCUGUGCCCAGAUUACGUCUUUGAUGGGAUUAAUGGGUCCUUCUUCUGGAACUCUGAGACAAAAUACAAGGGUGCAAAGAUCCGGGUUGUAAGAAAGUAGAAUUCCCCUCUCUCCUUUGUACUCACCAUAACAGACAGUUCCUGACUUUAAAAAAGGAAGAAAAAAAAGACUUUUAACCGCCCUGAUAGAGAUUAUAGAAGUGCCUCUCUGUCUGCACCCGUCACCUUGCAGUCGUUUACAGGACGGAGAGCUGCGAGCUAAAAAAGAGCCGACCUCGCUCCGAAGGAUGUUAUGGACUUGAGGUGAUUAGAAAGAGCUCAGCAAUCAGCGGGGACACCACGGGACUGAGGGGCCUCCUCGUCCUCGGCUCGUUCGCUGUACAGACAAGAGAUGAACGAAGCUGAAAAGGAGAGGACGGUUUUCCUGACCCGUCGCACAAGAUUGUUUGCAAAUAAAUUCGGCGUUGUACAGCAAAAAGCACCGGGUCUGGGAAGAGAGCGGCGGAUAUUUCUCUCCAAUUUUCUCUUCGGUUGUUGCGGAAAUGAGGAAGCAUCCACUAGCAAGGCUGUAAUUACACACACUCCCACAGAAACAAGUGUGUGUGUUUGUGGACCCAAAGCUGGUGCACUAACCUCGAGGAUACAGAGGGUUUCUCUGCUUUUUAUGUCCCUGCGUGACUUCGCACAAUCACCGAGGGGUUUUUGGAGGUUUGGGGCGUCUGAUUUAAAAACUCUCGUCUGCAUUCCCCUGAUUUGUUUUUAGGACGUUUGUGCCUCUUGAGGACGUGGACAGUAUUUUAGGGCAUUUUUGCAGUGAUCUGAGGGCUUUCUGUAUUUUGGAUAUAAUCUGUUCACGUGAUGUUUUGUUUUUGUUUUUGAGAAGCAGCGA